GGACGCAAACCGAGGCCUCCGUCAAACACGCCGUCAAACUCUCAAAGACAUCGCCAUCGAUUCUGUAGGCAGCCUGACAAGAAUUGUCAUCAAGAGAGUGGCCACUUCCGUGUUUUUCUUUCUAUACUGCCCCUCUGACGGGCCCUGGUUACCGGGAAUCAAUUGCCCAGGGUAUCCAAGGUAGUCAACUUCAAGAUGACGGACCGUCUGCCGCCUAACCUUCUUGCGCUCUUCGCCCCGCGACCUCCUCUACGCUACCUGCCCCCAUCGGACGCGCCGGCGCAUGAACGAAAAACAGCUUCAAUCACCGGUGUUGCUCAGUAUAAGCAAGCUCUCGAGGAAUACAAGGACAAGGACAAUUAUGUGCCCACCGAGAGCUGGCUGCAGAGACGGGACAGGAAAAAGCUGGAGCACGAAAAGGAGAUCGCUCUCAAGCUGAAGGAAGGACCGGCCAAAUAUCGGCCACAAGAUGAUCCUAAUAUUCGUGGUGACGCCUUCAAAACCUUGAUUGUUGCCCGGCUGAGCUAUGAUGCCAACGAGCAGGAUCUCGAGAGGGAGUUUGGCCGAUUUGGUACCAUUGAAAGAAUUCGGAUAAUCAAGGACACUCACGCACAUGAGAAGGGUAAUAAAAAACGAAAGCCGCACCGCGGCUACGCAUUCGUCGUCUUCGAACGCGAAAAGGACAUGAGAGCUGCUCUCGAGGGGUGUGACGGCAUUAGAAUUAAGGACCGCCGCAUCAAGGUUGAUGUCGAGCGUGGACGUACUGUUGAGGGCUGGAAACCCCGCCGACUAGGCGGCGGUCUGGGCGGCCGCAACUACACGAAGGCCAUGCCCUCACAGCCCAUGGGCCGCGGGUUUGGUGGCGAUGGCUUCCGAGGUGGCUUCGGUGGUGGUAGAGGCGGGUUCAGGGGCGGCUUCGGCGGCCGUGGAGAUCGCGGUGGUUUCCGCGGGGGUGGUGGCCGUAGCUUCUCCGACCGUGGUUUUGGAGGUGGUUUUGGAGGACCUCGCGGUGGCGACCGAGGAGGAGACCGAAACGGAUUUGGUGGACCGCCGCCUAAUGCGCCUGGCGGACCCGGAUCCCACGGUGGUAGGGACAGUGGGCGCGACAGCCGCGACUCAAGGUUUGGCGGAGAUCGAAGAGGCUUUGACUCCGGUGGUGGUGGUGGAGGACGCUCUUACGACGACAGAUCCGGUGGUAGCGGAGGUGGCUUCCGCGACAACAGCCGACGAACCGGCAGCAACAUGGAGCCCAUCCGCCCCAGAGAGAAUGGUGGGUAUCGCGACCGUGACCGUGAUCGGGAUCGGGACCGUGACAGAGACCGAGACUACGACAGACCUAGGGACGACGACCGAAAACGCGGCUACGAGGGUUCCUACGACGACCCGCGCAAGAUUCGUCGCUACUAAUCGGAGUAGGACCUGCUCUGUUCCCCUCUGUUCUGCAGUGGACACGGUGGGUGUCGCCAGUCACUGAUCGCGCAGUUUACCUGUCCCCGGCCCAUCAACGCGGACUGUUUUUUUCCCCCUACCUACGGCUCUAUUGUCAAGGGUAAGAGUGAAAACUGCAGCGUGUCCAGGGUGAAGCACAAUGUUUCAACUGUCGACAAGGUGUCCCUGAUCUUUCGAAAUCCUCAGAGGUAACGAACGCCCCAACAUGUAUACAUGUACAGCCCGGCCUGAGACGUUCGCAGCUUUUGCGCGCCGCACCGAGCGGUUCUGUCAUACACGUUCCCCUGGCUUCGGUUUGGUCACAGAACGACAAUAAGACGAUAAAAACCGGCAAUAAAUACUACAGCACUGCAAAGGUCGGUUCAUAGCUUUAUACGGACGAACGUCUCGAACAAAUGCAGCCCUCCGGAUCUUGCACCCAACAGACAACUCUCGCAAGGUCAGGCUUGGUCACAGGAGGUAACAUCACCCUUUGCAUUUGGUUUUCUACAAUUGUGUUACAUAGCUUUUUCUUUCCUCUCAUGCCCAGGUGUCAGUCGGGUGUUGGUUUUACAGUACGUGUAGGAACUAGGUAUUUUUUGGGGGGCGACCCUGGGGGUAAGUAGGCACGGCGAAUUUAAUUCUGAAAAAAAAAAUAAAAGUACGAAUUUUUUUACUC